AUGAUGUACUUGAACCUCAGCAAGGGAUAUCUGACUUUCACUCACUUCCCUGCCGAGGACCAGGAGAUGUGGCUUCGUCAGUUUGCGCAAGAGUUCACCUGGAAUCUCGAUCACACGAACUUUAUCCGUGACGCCUUCGUCCAUAAAGUCCCGAAGUCGAUCAACAGCACGGUCUGGGAGGAGUUGUGUGUGCAUUGGGAUAAGGACGAGACGAAAGCUACCUCCGUGACCAACUCCGCCAACCGCAAGAGCGAUCGUUGCGGGAAGGGCAUGUACAAGCACAAUUUGGGUGCCCAGACUAUUGCCACUCUGGGGGAUCGUUUGGCGGAUGAAAAUGAUGGCGAGCCGGUUGAUGAUUUCGUCCUAAUGAAGACGGCGCAUACCAACAAGCACAUCGGGGAGAUUGAUGAUGGUGUUGUGAGGGAUUUGAAGGACAAAGAUGACCGCAUAGCUGCGUUGGAGAAAAAGAUGGCGGAUCAAGAGGCGGGAUGGGAGGCAACGAGGAAGCAAAACGAGCAAAUGAUGGAGAUGAUGAAGAGGAUGUACCCGAACGAGCAGUUCCCGUAG